UUUCCGCAACACAAUGUCCAACAUAUCCUAAUACGACCGAAACCAGUUCACCCCUUAAUCAGAGAGAAUGGAUAACACAUCAACAGACGAAAAGCAUUUAGGGUUUCUUGUCUUCAACAGAAUGAAUCACCAACUCCAAAUUCACCUCAAAAGAUAAAUUAUCCUUGGCGAAAGAAAAGAAGUGAGGGUGAAUUUGAUAAUGUUGUUAAUUUUGCAUCGGCAAUUCACAUUUUGGGUAAGAAAAAAAGGCCUGAUCUAGCUAAGGAACUGCUUGUCGAAAUAGAAUCUGAAGGUUAUGUACCUAGUUGUGCUACUUUGUCAGCUCUGAUGCUGUGUUAUGUAGAUAAUGGACUUGUAUCAUAUGCCAAGGCUGUAUGGGAAGAGAUUAUAAAUAGUUCAUUCGUGCCAAGUAUUGAAGUAAUCUCUGAUUUAAUUGAUGCAUAUGGAAAUUUGGGUUGUUAUGACGAGGUGUUUAGGAUACUGCGUGAUGUGACUCUGAGGAACUUUAAUUCAUCUUCCCAGGUUUACUCGUUGGCUAUCUCUUGCUUUGGUAAACGAGGGCAGCUAGAAAUGAUGGAAACCGUGAUUAAUGAAAUGGUUUUGGAUGGUUUUAGAGUGAAUUCUAUCACGGGAAAUGCCAUCAUUAAAUAUUAUGCGGAGUAUGGUUGUUUGGAGGAGAUGGAAACUGCCUAUGGUAGGCUCAAAAGAUCUAGGAUUCUUUUGGAGAGAGAAGGAAUUAGAGCAAUGGCUUCUGCGUAUAUCAAGGAGAAGAAGUUUUAUAAGUUGGGGGAGUUUUUACGGGAUGUUGGUCUUGGUAGGAGGAACGUAGGAAAUCUUCUGUGGAAUCUCCUUUUGUUGUCUUAUGCUGGUAACUUUAAAAUGAAAAGUUUGCAGAGGGUAUUCUUGAGUAUGUUAGAAGCUGGGUUUUCUCCUGAUCUUACUACAUUUAAUAUACGGGCGAUGGCAUUUUCGAGAAUGUCUUUGUUUUGGGAUCUCCAUUUAAGCCUUGAACAUAUGAAACAUGAAAAAAUUGUCCCGGAUAUUGUGACUUAUGGGUGUGUGGUUGAUGCAUUCUUGGAGAGAAAACUCGCAAGAAACUUGGAUUUUGCUUUAAGCAAAAUGAAUCUUGAUUCUUCUCCAUUUGUUUCAACUGAUCCUUUAGUGUUUGAGGUUUUCAGGAAAGGUGAUUUUCAUUCAAGUUCAGAGAUACUUUUAGAAUCCAAAUGGAAGGAGAAAUAGACUUACAGGAAGCUAGUAGCAAUCUGUCAAGAAAAAGUACCGUAGUAACCAAAUCUUUUGGAAUUAUUGAGAGGUGUUAUGUCGGUUCAUAGUUUUCGAAUCUGGUCCAGUUAUCAUCAGAAAAAUGGUUACAUGAGAAAAUGGCUUUUGAUCAGAAUCUAUAGCUGGGAAAAGCGAACCACU